GGAGGAGGCUAUAAAACCCCCGCGCAGGCGCCUUGAUGUCCGGCGUUGCACUCCUCCAAUAGUCCAAUCUCUUCAAUCCCAUUCCCAUCGAGCGAUCAGUAGGCAGCAGCAGUAGCGGCAACACGAUCCAUGGAGCAGUACGCCUCCUACCUGUGCAGCAGCAGCAGCUACGACAUUCAUCACCCUGCGUCCGGCUACGGCGGCGCCGGCACGGCGUUGGACGCCGGCGGAGGAGGAGACGACAUGCAGCGCCUGCUGAACGAGCUCAUGCUCGACAUGGCCGAGUCCGACUACUCCUUCUCCGACGACAUGGAGGCGGCCUCGUCGGCCGACUCCUCGUCAUCCGCCUGCUCGGCCAACGACAGCCACCAUCAUCACCACCAGCAGCAGCGGCAGCAGCCGGAUGACCAAAACACCGCCAGCGACAGCGAGAAGAGGAGCUCGUCGGCGGCGCAGCAGGCGCAGCGGCCGGCCACCUUCAUCGGCGUGCGGAAGCGGCCGUGGGGAAAGUUCGCGGCGGAGAUCCGCGACUCGACGCGCAAGGGCGCCCGCGUGUGGCUGGGCACCUUCGACAGCCCCGAGGCGGCGGCGCUCGCCUACGACCAGGCCGCCUUCUCCGUGCGCGGCGCCGCCGCCGUGCUCAACUUCCCCGUGGAGCGCGUGCAGGACUCGCUCCGCGCCCUCGCGCUCUCCUCCUCGUCGUCGUCCUCCUCCUCUGCAGCGGCGUGGGGCUCCCCUGUCCUCGCGCUCAAGAGCCGGCACUCCAUCCGCAAGCGCUCCCCGAACAAGAACAAGAAGCUGCCUCAGCACCAGCGGCCGCAGCAGCAGGCGGCUGCCGUCGUGGCCGGCGCGCCGCAGCCGCAGCCGGCGUAUCCCGGCAGCGUGGUGGAGCUGGAGGACCUGGGCGCCGACUACCUCGACGAGCUCCUCCGGGUGUCCUCUGAGCCGCUCCAUUGACAGUAGUAAUUCCCAGUCACCCGCGGAUGGAACCUGAUGAUCACCAUGUCUGAUGCGCAGUGAAUUCCCAUCAUGCAAGCCAAGCGAAGUUCAUUGCGAUCGAGUUCAGUUAAUAGCUGAGAAGCUUGCAGAGACUAGAGAGCUCCUGGGUCCUGCCCUGCUCUGCCCUCGCUCGCCAAUUGCGAGAUCAACGACGACACGCACGGGCUACUGUACACUUGUGCUAAUCUUUUCCUCAUCAGCGGAGAUACAUGUUCGCUUUCACUUGUGCUAUUCAAUCUGUACCGGCCCCACCAGGCCACCACACUUGUUGGCCUCUGUUGCUCCAGGCUUCCUCCAUCAAUUUGUUCACUUCUUGCUGGAUUUGGUUGCGUUGCGACAACCAUUUUUCUUUUCAAGACAUCUGCUGGCAACCUUUUUCUUCAAAAAAAGAAAAGAAGAGAUAGAGCGUGCCAUCCAUGAAUGAAUCAGUACUGCCGAGAGCAUUGUUAUUCUAAUGAAUUGGGACGCAUUUUAUUC